AUCAUUGUCUCGCUUAUUCACGUCUGCUGCGUGAACGUCCUCUGCUGUCCCUCAUCAGAAUGGCUGCAGUCGUAGGGAGGUUUGGCAGCGCGAGUUUCCUGCGACUACAGUCUGGAUCACUGAUCAGUAAGGCUCAUGCAUCGACCUACACGCCAUUGAGUAGGGGCAAGAAAGUCUUUUUCAGCACUGUAGGUGUGGUGGGAGCCGGUGUAGCAGGUGUCAUUUAUGCCCUCAAUGAAUCGGUGAAAGCGUCCGACCUUACGUUACAUCCACCCAAGCUGCCAUGGUCACAUAAAGAGACAGUGAUCAGCGCAUUGGACCAUGCUAGCAUUCGGAGGGGUUACGAAGUAUACAAGCAGGUCUGUGCGGCAUGUCACAGUAUGCGUUACGUAGCGUACCGCAACUUGGUUGGGGUGUCGCAUACCGAGGCUGAAGCCAAAGCAGAAGCUGAAUCAGUGCAAAUCACAGACGGCCCUGAUGACCAAGGCAACAUGUUCGAGCGGCCAGGGAAGCUGUCUGAUUAUUUUCCAUCACCGUAUCCGAAUGAUGAAGCUGCUCGCGCUGCCAACAAUGGUGCUCUCCCACCGGACCUCAGUUUCAUCACUAAUGCUCGGCAUGGUGGUGAGGACUACAUCUUCUAUCUGCUGACUGGCUACUGUGAUCCACCGGCCGGUGUGAAGGUUCAAGAUGGUCAGUACUACAAUCCAUACUUUCCCGGAGGAGCAAUAGGCAUGGCCCAGGCUCUGUACAAUGAGGCCAUUGAGUAUUCUGAUGGUACGCCAGCUACUGCGUCACAAAUGGCCAAGGAUGUGUCCACUUUCCUUAAGUACUGUACUGAACCAGAGUUUGAUGAUCGAAAGCGCCUGUUCAUCAAGACUAUGAUGAUAAUCACAGUGCUCACGGCUGUGUCAUGGUACUACAAACGCUUCAAGUGGACUGUCAUGAAGACGAGGAAGAUAGUCUAUAAGCCUAAAAGCUAUGAGUAGGUACUGCACAGGAUAAUUGCUGCCUUGUUACGUUUCCUUUGCAAUUUGUGAUGUAGAUAAAAGGAAAGCAGGUGCAAAGGACUGACCUUUGGGCAGUAGCAUGUGCUUUCCCAUCAGUUGAAGGAAUAAAAUGCUGGCCUGUGCACGUGGAAGUGUCUUAUGAA